AUGGCGAAGCGUCUGGCCGUCGCGCUCGUGCUGCUGCUGGUGGUGCUCGCGUCCUGCGACGGGAGGGAGCUGAAAGGGAAGGGCGGCGCCGGUGGCGCCGUGGACGAGGUGAAGGACCUGCUGCCCGGCUUGCCGGUGCCGCUGCCGCCUCUGGUGCCCGACCUGCCGCUGCCACCCGUGGUCCCCGGGAUCCCUCCCGCUGCCCACGGCUCCGCCGACAACCCCAAGUCUCCAUGA